AUGAAGAGACUCAACGCACUCGGAACGUCUGCGUCCACAUCUAUAAUCCCUCCUGCAUCUCCCAGUAACAAUGGCCAUGGUAUUGAAAAUCUGCCAACUCAAAGUCAAACUCUACCAGGAAAUCAAGGAUCUGGGUUUAUUCAAACCUCAACAACUCCUUCGUCUGGUAUCGCGGUUCCUGCCGGUUCUACUGCUAAUAUUGCUCCUGUAUCUGAUGCAGAAAAGCUUCGAAAUGAUUUCAACUCGCAAGCAACGCGACUCUCCUAUGGCUGUAGUGUGGCGCUAGAAUUAUUCAACGGCCACCUUAUGAUGGUUGGCAGUCCGGAUGGCCAUGUACGAGUGCAAUCCCUAGAGAAACUCCAAACGCCUCAAGCCAAAGGCUACAAGGAUCGAGCCAUCUUCACAUUGUUGGAUCUUGUUGAUGUCCGUAGUGCUGGGUCGAUACGCUACGGCGAUUCUGUGUGGUUACAACUUAGUGUCGGUCCAGGUGAUGUAUCUUGGGAACAAGGUGGCGUUCUUGGCGCUAAAGUACGCGAAGCGCCUCAACUUAAAGCUUUAGGCUUACUGGAUGAUGAUUCUAUUCGCAACGACGUACAAGCACCCGCUGCCGUGGGUUAUCCAGUCCCAGUAACAGCUUAUCUCCCAAAGAGUCGAGAUGAUGGCGACAUGCAAGUGGAUGAGAUUCAAUCUCGAUUGCGGAAUAAAACGGCGAAGAUGCUUGGCAAGUGGAUCAUUCGCUCUGCCGUGUGCCAGCGGCGCAAGCAAAAAGAUAACUUCGUCUACAACAACGACGAAGUGUAUCUGGAGCAAGACUGGUUUUAUCUGGGUGCAGAUUCUGAUGCAGGUGUUGCGGUUCUACGUCAAUUACCACCUGCAGUCGCUGGAAAAGAUACGAAACCUGGGGAGUACGUUGUGGAGCGUCGAGGAGCCUGGAAACUCCGAUUGUUGGACUCCAGUAGCGGUAGUGCGGGACUUUCACUGGCUCAACAGCAGAUGGAACGUCUUCUACUUCGCGCUAAAGCUCAACUGAAACAGUCGAAACGAAUGCGAGCUGGUCAGACGAAAGUUUACGGUCCAAAUCUACGCGGUGGCACUGGAUUUACAGCUCAACUUCGGGCUCAAGUGGCGGCGUCAACGCGUCAGAUCGAAAGCCGCUGCGCCGAUCACCAGGAGAGGCGACUCAAACAUAUUAACCGACAUUUAAACGACAAAGCUCGUAAACGCGAGCGACUAGUUGAGAAUACAGCAAGAAUCGAGACCAACGCAACUUCACAGAGCCACAAUGACGUUAGUUCCUCUCAAGUAACCAGACGAACAGCUCGCAGUAGAGUUGGUCGCACUGCGAGAUCUGAUGAUAUAAAGACAACGAGAACAAUCGAAAACACCGCUCGUCACGGACCCGAGUCAAGCGACUCAAGAACUACGACUCCGUACGCCUCGAAUACCAGCACAAGCCCUCUAAAUGAACGAGUGUUGCAGCUCUUCGCCAAGGAGGACGCUGCGAUGGUUGAUCUGAUCAAAUUCAAGGAGAAAGAGGCGUAUCGUGCACUCUACGAACAGGCUCAAGACGACGCAACGUUGUCACCAUUGGCUGCUCACUUCCGUGAUCGCUUCAAGCACGUGGGCUUGUUCAUGCAGAUGCAUAGACAGCAACAACAAGUGCAACAAGAUGGCAUCGGUGGCCACUUCCAGAAGCUUCACGCUGAUUUGUUCCCGAAUGGAAGUCGCACAAUUCCUGAUGAGAGUGAUUACUACUCAGACUACGACUCGGACGACGACGUAGACUCUGAGACGUCUAAUGAUGGUCAACAGGAAGUGAAUGUCCAGAGUAUUGAAGUGAGAAGGGAGAGUGACGAGGACCUCGAGACGGAGCCGGAACGUUUGUUCCCGACACCACAGGAGCUGGAAAAACUCACACCGGUGGAUACUAAAGCCGCUUUGACGUUGUAUGUACAGAAUCGACACGCGAUGACGGAGAUGCUCGAUGGUUAUGCCGAAUUGGUGACGUCUCAGAUGAUUCCGACGCUUAAAGCCUCUCUGAGUACUCGCAAUCGAGGAGCAUUGAUGGAGACGCUUGAUUUCGUGGCUAGAGCGUCGGAGUUCGUUUGUGCUAGACGAGUGCAAGUGUUUGUUGCCAGGUUGUUGCAUGCUGUGGCGGAGAGCGAUGUGGGCGAUUUUGCGAGUUUCGAGAAAGAGUUUGAUGAAUUGACGGCGGAAAUGCAGGGCGCUGUCAAUUUUAUUAACUUUUUCUUACAGACUAGAGAGCCACGACGAAAGAACAAGAAUAAAUGAGGAAACAUUAUCAUUCGAGAGA